AUCCAUGCAAAUGUGCCAAGUCGCUAGCCAUUCACGACCAGAAAGAAGUUUAGUGGAAGAAUUCGCGGGAAGAAACACCAGAGCAGAGAACAAAAAAACUAACCUAAAAAACAGUCUUUACUCUGUCUUAAUCUUCCUUCCUUAAAUUCAUUAUCAUCUCAUGGCUGUUCUUGUUCAAUACAGUUAUUAUUAUUCUCUUCUCUAUAAUUCUUGUAGAAGAACAACCAGACCCUUUUCUCCUUUUAAGCUAUCCUCACCCACCCGUCUUGAUCUAUCCUCUUCUUAUAAUACUCCAAUCAGCCACAGUUCAAGAUCAUUCAAGUUACCUAGAAACAGGUGUCAUAAGGUUGUUGUCUCUGAAGAAGAGAGCACUGUUGGGUCCGCUUCUGCUGCCACCGACACUGAUGUGUUUAGGCUCACUUACUUAGAGGGGAAUAGCUGGUUGUGGGAGGUAGGUGGGGCUAAUAUUUUGGUUGACCCAAUCUUGGUGGGUAACUUAGAUUUUGGAAUUCCAUGGCUUUAUGAUGCUGCCAAGAAGGUCCUUAAGAAUUUCCAGCUUAGUGAUCUUCCUCAAGUGGAUUGCCUGUUGAUCACUCAAAGCCUCGAUGACCAUUGCCACUUAAAGACCCUAAAGCCACUUUCUGAAUCAUAUCCAAAUCUCAGAGUCAUUGCAACUCCAAAUGCUAAGCCUUUGCUGGAUCCCCUUUUUAGUAAUGUCAUUUAUCUAGAACCUGGUGAGAGUUCUGAAUUUGAUGCCAGAAAUGGCUCUAAAGUUGGAGUUAAAGCAACAGCAGGGCCAGUUCUAGGUCCUCCUUGGCAGCGCCCUGAGAAUGGAUACCUCAUCAAUUCUUCACGAGGUCAAUUAACACUCUACUAUGAGCCUCACUGUGUAUAUAACAAGGAUUUUCUUGAGAAGGAGCAUGCUGACAUUGUUAUCACACCAGUCAUCAAACAGCUUCUGCCUAAAUUUACUUUGGUUUCAGGACAAGAAGAUGCAGUUAAACUUGCGAAGUUGCUGCGUGCCAAGUUUAUUGUACCAAUGAAAAAUGGAGACCUCGAUGGCAAAGGGUUUCUUGCCAGUAUCAUUCAGGCAGAGGGAACAGUAGAAUCAUUCAAGGAGCUUUUAGCGAAGGAACUACCAGAUACUCAGGCACUUGAGCCUACCCCUGGUGUGCCGCUGGAAAUUUCAGAACCUUGAAAUUUUUAAGUUGCUCGUACGGAUCAUAUUUUAGUAAAUUUACUGUUUCAUCAAAUAUGUAAAUUUCCAUAUCUCUUUUCUUUCUUUAGCUAGUUGAUAGCGUUGAAACGGAUCAUCUACGACUAGUAAGGGUGAGGGGGUAAAAGACAACCAAAGUAAAGGGAAUGAUCUCUGUAACUUGAAUUGGAUUUUUCUUUGACCGUUGAAGUAUUAUGGAAAUUUUUGGCUCCCUUGCUAUGUA